GUAUUUUCGGAUCCAUGGGAUCCUUCGUCUUUACCGACCACCAGCAGCAGCAGCAGCCGGGGCUGCAGGUCCCCCCCGAAUGUUCCGCCGACAAGAAUGGACUCAAUGCGAUGCUCUUCCUAGGCCAAAUCCACACCAGUCCUCUGCUGUCCCGCCCAAUGGGUCCAAUAGGUCACGCUCACCCCAUCCACCUUCCCUCCGAAGGGGGAUUCAGAUGGCAGAUUCAAUGCUGUGCCACAGAUGGCUUCGAUGGGACCACCCCCCGUGUUGAGCUCCCUCUGGACAGGCGCGCCGCCUGGUUCUCGUCUCCGUCCCGCAGCGUGCGGAGGAGUCGCUCGCAGUCGAUCUCUGCUCCGGCCUCGCGUAGCUCCGGCAACGGCAGUUCCGGAUACUUAUCCCUCAGCAUCUGGCGUACCUGCGCGUUCCGAUAGCUGUCAAUGUCCAACUGUGGUUGUUUCAGGAAAAGUCGGAUCAG